CCCUUCCUUCCUUCUUUUGCGCCGCUCCUCUAGGCAGAACUGCGAGAGAACGUGAUCGAUCGAAUUUCAAAAAGGCACUCACCUAUCCCUGUGCUCCCGAGAUCACGAAUUUACUUCAUAUCUCCUGACUAACAGUUUAGGAGUUCGUAUUUCGUGAUUCUGACAAUAUCGCGCGUGCUCGCAGAUUCCACGGUUACCGCGAGGUAAAGCCCGACCAAUUAAAACAAAAUGUCGAACCUCGCUGAUCCAGUCGCGUUCGCUAAGGAUUUCCUGGCCGGCGGUAUAUCCGCUGCCGUCUCCAAAACCGCCGUAGCUCCCAUCGAGCGUGUCAAGCUUCUGCUUCAAGUACAGCACGUAAGCAAGCAGAUCGCAGAAGACCAGCGCUACAAGGGUAUAAUCGAUGCCUUCGUCCGCAUUCCCAAAGAGCAAGGACCUCUCUCUUUCUGGCGUGGUAACCUCGCCAACGUCAUCAGGUAUUUCCCCACGCAAGCCCUCAACUUUGCUUUCAAGGACAAGUACAAGCAAGUCUUCCUCGGUGGCGUAGAUAAGAACACACAGUUCUGGCGCUACUUCGCUGGUAACCUCGCCUCUGGAGGUGCUGCUGGAGCCACAUCACUAUGCUUCGUGUACCCACUCGACUUCGCCCGUACCCGUCUGGCCGCGGAUGUCGGCAAAGGCGAAGGACAACGUGAAUUCUCCGGUCUCGGCAACUGCCUCACCAAGAUCUUCAAAUCCGACGGUCUCGUUGGUCUGUACAGAGGUUUCGGAGUUUCCGUGCAAGGUAUCAUCAUCUACCGCGCCUCAUACUUCGGUUUCUACGACACCGCUCGCGGCAUGCUGCCCGAUCCCAAGAACACACCGCUCGUCAUCAGCUGGGCGAUCGCUCAGACCGUCACCACAGUCGCCGGUAUCAUCUCCUAUCCAUUCGACACGGUCCGUAGGCGCAUGAUGAUGCAGUCCGGACGCGCUAAGUCCGAGGUGCUCUACAAGAACACGAUCCACUGCUGGGCCACUAUCGCCAAGUCCGAGGGUGCGUCCGCCUUCUUCAAGGGAGCCUUCUCCAACGUCCUCAGAGGUACAGGUGGUGCUUUCGUGCUCGUCCUCUACGACGAAAUCAAGAAACUGCUCUAAUUCUAACAUAAGAACUGUUACCAUAAAUAUUCUAUGUGAUUUUAAAUCACAUCUAGCAACCGCUCCCCUGAAAUCAUGUAUUAGAUUGGAAGAAUCACUACUAGUAACUUAUUUUUUAGUUAAAUAAAUGUUAUACAUUGAUUCCAGAACAAA